AUGGAUAUAGUGUUAUGGGGUGCUUCUGCAAAAUGGUUUGAAGAUGAAUAUUUAAUGCCAAUUCCUAUUUUCGAUGAACUGUUAAGUUUACUAUCAAUACACUUAUCAAAACAAGAUACUAAUAUGAGGAAAAGUAUCGGGGCAUGUGAAAGAUUAGCAGUAACACUACAAUAUCUCGCUUCUGAAACAAGUUAUAAACGCCUUCAGAAUAAGUACAGAAUUUCGAAAAAAACGUUGGUUAAAUUAAUAAAAGAAACAUGUGGAAUUGUAUGGAAAGUGCAAGCACCUAAAGAAAUGGCAGCCCCGAACAAAGAAUCGUGGAAAAGAAUCGCAGAACGAUUUAAAGACAACGCGAAUUUCCCACAUUGCUUGGGAGCACUAGACGGCAAACACAUUCGAAUUCAGUGCCCUCGGAAUUCCGGCUCUCUAUACUUUAAUUAUAAAAAGUACAACUCAAUCGUUUUAUUGGCUUUGGUGGAUUCGAAUUGUUUAUUUACUGUGAUUGACGUAGGUUCUUAUGGCCGUGAAAAUGAUUCUACCAUUUUUCAAUCUUCAAUUCUAGGCCAGAAGCUAAAUAAAGAAGCCCUUGAUUUGCCGGAAGAAGAAGAACUAGUAUUUGACGGACCCAAAAUGCCAUAUGUGAUUGUAGUUGAUGAGGCCUUUGCGCGCCCGCUGCGCGCUCGUCGCGAGAGCGCGGCGGGCCCGCUGCUAGUCGCGGCCGGCUAG